AUGAUGAUGACAGGGUUGCACACUGUUGCUGACAUUUUUUGUGUUGGAUGUGGAUCAAUAGUGGGGUGGAAAUAUGAGACUGCCCACGAAAAGAGCCAGAGGUACAAGGAAGGAAAAUCCGUACUUGAGCGGGUUAAGAUGUCGGGGCCUGACGGAAGCAAUUAUUGGGUCAGUCAUGAAGCACAAGUUGGAAGCAGUGAUGCAGAUGAUGUUUGA